GAAAGCUGAAACGCCUCUGGUCACGCUGAAAAGAAGAAAAGAAAAUUUCCAGCGUCAUUUGGGCAGGAAAAUUGGUAAACAAUAAAGCAAACAAAAGGCUGCGAACAGUGCGAGGCAGAGCGGAAAGGGACUUGGACACCACUUUCGACAGAUCGGUUCGAGAAACGGCCUCAAGAUUGGCAAGAUACGCAAGAGCAAGAAAAUGAGCUACAACGAGAAGUCGGAGGCCAUCACCAAGGAGGAGUGGCUGCAGCGCCUGGAGCAGUUUCCCUUCAAGCAGGCGGACAUGAACCGCCUGAUCAUGAACUACUUGGUCACAGAGGGCUUCAAGGAGGCCGCCGAGAAGUUCCAGCACGAGGCCGACCUGGAGCCCAGCGUGGAGCUGAGCAGCCUGGACGAGCGCAUACUCAUCCGCGAGGCGGUGCAGGCGGGGCGCAUUGAGGAGGCCACCCAGCUGGUGAACCAGCUGCACCCGGAGCUGCUCGGCAGCGACCGCUAUCUGUUCUUCCACCUGCAGCAGCUGCAGCUGAUCGAGCUGAUCCGCGCCGGCAAGGUGGAGGAGGCCCUGGCCUUCGCCCAGAGCAAGCUGUCCGAGUCCGGCGAGGAGGCCAUGUUCGAGCUGGAGCGCACGCUGGCCCUGCUCGCCUUCGAGAAGCCGCAGGAGAGCCCCUUCGCCGACCUGCUGGAGCAGUCGUACCGCCAGAAGAUCGCCAGCGAGCUGAACUCGGCCAUCCUGCGCUGCGAGCACAGCGAGGACUCCACGCCCAAGAUGAUGUUCCUGCUCAAGCUGAUCUUGUGGGCCCAGUCCAAGCUGGACAGCCGCUCCAUCAGCUAUCCCAAGAUGAAGAACCUGGAGACGGCGCACCUGGAGCCCAAGUAGAGCGCCUAAGGCAACUGCGUUGGGGUCGGGAUCGGGAUCACACCAAGAGCCCCGCGAUCGCCCCUUCAAAUUCUUUUGCUAAUGCUAUUGCUAUUGUAUCUCUUUUAAUAAGUAUGUAUGUAUGUAUGCUGGAUGUACGCAGUAAAUUAUUAAAUAAGUAGCCG